CUCAUCAAACCCAGCCCACUUUUUGUCUGCUCUGUGGAUGACAUCACAGCUUUAAAUAUUCCCGUUGCCUUUUCCCCCGUCCGCAUCAUCACGUCCUGAGCCCGAAUAGGCAACGAAAAGUCCGGACAGUCGACUGUUUCCAACAAUGGUUUUGUAGUCAAAAAGUGUUUCUAGAAAACCGGUGCAAAACACUGCUUUGUGAAAAGGGCUUCGGUUACAGGCAUAGCUGUUAUUGUUGUGUAUGCUCGACUUUUCCCCGCAAAGCGUACUGUGAGAAUCACUGCGAGGUUCCAGCUGGUCACCAUAACUUGCUUGGGAAAAGGCGGUUACCCGAACGCCGUGCGUGGAAGGAGAGAGGUGGCACACUGCAAGUGAAGAAAUUGCUGCGAUUCGAUUAAGAAAAAAGGAGGUUUAUUGUCUUGGAGAAGUGCUGAAACUAAGUUGGCAAUGUCUCUUUCGGUCCCGCAAAACGGAGUGAAGGGAGACAACGAGCCCGUUAUCGAGCUCUUUGUGAAGGCGGGGAGCGACGGGGAGAGCAUCGGCAACUGCCCCUUCUCCCAGCGGCUCUUCAUGAUUCUCUGGCUGAAGGGCGUGGUCUUCAACGUCACCACGGUCGACCUGAAGAGGAAACCGGCUGAUCUUCAGAACCUGGCUCCUGGAACUCACCCCCCAUUCAUCACCUUCAAUGGAGAGGUCAAGACCGACGUCAACAAGAUUGAGGAGUUCCUCGAGGAUGUUCUCAGCCCGCCCAAGUACACCAAGCUGGGAGCUCGGCACCCUGAGUCCAACACCGCAGGGAUGGACAUCUUCGCCAAGUUCUCUGCCUUCAUCAAGAACUCCAAGCCAGACGCCAAUGAGGCCCUAGAGCGUGGCCUACUGAAGACCCUCCAGAAGCUGGAUGAGUACCUCCGCUCCCCUCUGCCCGACGAGAUCGACCACAACAGCAUCGAGGACAUCAAGGUGUCCUCCCGCAAGUUCCUGGAUGGCGACGAGAUGACGCUGGCCGACUGCAACCUGCUCCCCAAACUUCACAUCGUCAAGGUGGUGGCAAAGAAGUACCGUGGCUUUGAGAUCCCCAAGGAGAUGACAGGCAUCUGGAAGUACCUGGCCAACGCCUACACCCGGGAGGAGUUCACCAACACCUGCCCUAGCGACAAGGAGAUUGAGAUUGCCUAUGCAGACGUGGCCAAAAGACUGGUCAAGUAGUCCCUGUGUUGCCCUAAGUCCCCCACCCCCCCAUCCCACCCCUAAACCCUCCCUAAAGUCCAAAACUCAGUCAGCACUGGGACAUGACAAACAAUGUAUAUCUUUCUUUCUUUCUCUCUUCAUUUAGAAGCAUCAGAAAAAGAGAUAACCAUUGCAUGAUUACUUUUUUGUUAAAGUUUUUUUAUCUCUUAUGCUGUUAAUGGAAUUCAGAGAGGUCUCUGACUUUCCUUUAUUUUUCUUUCUUUUUUUUGAAUUGGGGCCGGUGAGGCAGCGGAAGUUCUGCCAGACACAUGCUAUUGGUCUAUCAGGUUACACUGUGUCCUUAUUAUUGACAGUGGAGAAGAAUUUUGCACUCUGCUGUGAUCAUGUGAUAAACUCAGUGCCCUUGCCCACCUAUGGAGGGAUUGUUUUUUCUAUUGUUACAAAAAGCUUUCCUAGGAAGACAAAGACAGUGAUCAACAAGUUUAUAGAUAUGUAUUUGGGAAUGACUUCUUUCUAAUUGCUUUGAUGGAGGACGCUGUAAAAAUAGUGUUCAGUCCUCCACUGAGUGUGUAGGAAAUGGUGCCAGAGGGUCACUGCGUUCUAGGAGCAGCAAGACGUGAAGAAACGUCAUGGAAACCGGAAGGAAGGAUGGAAGGAACAGAUAAGAGGAGAGAUGUGGACACUCCCUCCCGAGUCUUGUCCAGUAGCUGCAGAGACACGAUAGUAUCUCAGCGUAGCUGCCAGCAAGACUCAUAGCUACUCGUUAGUGAUUAUUUACAUAUGGAAAGAGGUGCUAGCAUUAUGGGUAAAGUUGGAUGUCUGGCUGGCAUUGGGGUGUGGCACAGAGCAUACGUCCUCUCACCACACUGCCUCUUUGGCUGCCUAAGCAUAGUCAUAGUUAAUAGCAUUAUGGCAUCUUCCCUCAAGGAUGCAGCAUAUCUUGCUAGGAAGGUGUGAGUUUUUCAGUGUACUAAAUUAAUGUAACACUGACGAAACAAGAUUACACAAGAUACAGCAGGGAAAAAUAGCAGGGAGCUCAACCACCCCCCCAUAAGGUACAGCAACAAUUAGUUUGGCCACAGUAUUCACAUGUGUACAUUUCUGCUUUACCAUCCACACUCCCUCUAGGGCUUUAAUAUAUGAAGGGAACUCUGAAAAUUUUGCUUUGCUUGCAUGUUGCUGGCGGCCUUGUAUUUCUUUACUGAGGGGAAGAAGGCUCCAUUCCCCUGCCCGAGUGGCUUGUGGUUUUGCUGUGGACAGAAUGACUCCCUCUUUCACAAGCCAGACAAGCGUGAGCCACGUGCCUUUACCUUCCACUCUGAGUGCAUUGAUUGAUGAAGGGGAGCAUUAGCAUGUGGGCGGGGCAGCAGGCAGAGUGACACUGAACAUAUUCAUGAGGCGUCACUCGUUUUAAGGAGUGACAGACACCAAGGGGUUCAUUUCCCCCAUCAUGAAAUUAGUCCUCAGAUUAGUGAAUGUAUUCUACUACAGUUCCAGCAUUUUUUUUUUUUUGGAAGUUUUUUUUUC